GGGAAGACAAAAGAAAAUAUUAUGAAACCAUGGCAAACGAAGCAGAACAAGCUGCAGGCAAAGGAGACCUCGCCACACUCUACCAAACAACUAGGAACCUUUCGGGCAAACGUUCGACACAGAUUAAGCCAAUAAAGGACGACAAUGGAAAGUCAAUCACCAAAGAGGUGGAACAGAGAAAGCACUGGGUUGAACACUUCAAAAGACUUCUAAAUCGUCCGCCACCUACAACGCGCCCAACAAUACCAACAACGGAAGCAGAACUACCAGUGAACACUGACCCCCCGACGAAAUCAGAAGUCCUGAAUGCAAUCAAGAUGCUUAAAACUGGGAAAACACCGGGACCAGAUGGAAUCCCAGCAGAGGCUUUGAAAAUAGACCCAGAGACAACAGCGGACUUGAUGACACCACUGCUGGAGAAGGUGUGGAAAGAGGGCAAAGUACCCGAGGAUUGGAAGAACGGAUACUUAUUCAAACUUCCAAAGAAAGGAGACUUAAGUCAAUGUAAAAACUGGCGUGGAAUUAUGCUUCUGUCCAUUCCAAGCAAGAUACUAAGUCGCAUCAUCCUGGAGAGAAUCAAACAAGCCCUAGAUGAAAAACUUCGUCCGGAACAGGCUGGAUUCAGGAGAAACAAAUCAUGUAUUGAUCAAAUCGCCACUCUACGGAUCAUCAUUGAACAAAGCUUGGAAUGGCAGUCACCUCUCUAUCUCAACUUCAUCGACUUUGAAAAGGCCUUCGACAGCGUCGAUCGAGAGGUCAUUUGGAAACUACUUCGCUACUACGGGGUCCCAUCGACAAUUAUACA